GCGCCAAAAGAAAUGUUAAAGAAAAACUAUACAACAGUGACUGAGUUUAUUCUCCUGGGACUGACAAAUAGAUCUGAGCUGCAACCUGUCCUUUUUGUGGUAUUCUUAGUCAUCUACCUUAUCACGGUCAUCGGCAAUGUGAGCAUGAUUCUGUUAAUCAGAAGUGACUCAAAACUUCACACUCCGAUGUACUUCUUCCUCAGUCACCUCUCCUUUGUAGAUCUCUGUUACGCCACCAACGUCACUCCUCAGAUGCUGGUUAAUUUCUUAUCCAAGCGAAAAACCAUUUCUUUCAUUGGCUGUGCUAUACAAUUCCACUUUUUCAUUGCCCUGGUGAUCACAGACUAUUAUAUGCUUGCAGUGAUGGCUUAUGACCGCUAUGUGGCCAUCUGCAAGCCUUUGUUAUAUGGGAGCAAAAUGUCCAGAUGUGUCUGCCUCUGUCUCGUUGCAGCUCCUUACGUUUACGGCUUCGCAAACGGUCUGGCACAAACCAUCCUGAUGCUUCGUCUGUCCUUCUGCGGGCCCAACGAGAUCAACCAUUUUUACUGUGCAGACCCCCCUCUCAUGGUCCUCGCCUGCUCGGACACCUACGUCAAAGAAACUGCCAUGUUCGUGGUGGCUGGUUCCAACCUCACCUGCUCUCUCACCAUCAUCCUCAUCUCCUACAUGUUCAUCUUCACAGCCAUCCUGCGCAUCCGCUCCGCUGAGGGCAGGCACAAGGCCUUCUCCACCUGCGGCUCCCAUCUGACGGCUGUCACCAUCUUUUACGGGACGCUAUUCUGCAUGCAUUUGAGGGCCCCAUCUGAGACCUCUGUAGAACAGGGGAAAAUCGUAGCUGUUUUCUAUGUCUUUGUGAGUCCUAUGUUAAACCCGUUGAUCUACAGUCUGAGAAACAAAGAUGUUAAAAGAGCAAUAAGGGAAGUUAUCCGAAAGAAACUGUUAAAUAAGCUAGAUAGUUUGGUCAGGUCAGGCUAG